AUGGAAAACGCUGAAGAAGUAUUACAGUUUCUUGAGGAGUUUUCGAAACGUAAACCCAAAACUAUUCCUCAAGAACUUAAUGAUUACUUAGCGUAUGUGGCGCGUACCGGUGACCCCGUCUAUCAAUGGGCUCUUGUUAAAAGUUUGUUCAAGGAAAAACUUCUAAACGUUAUAACAGACUUUUAUGAAACCUCUCCUGGUAUUGAUAUUCCACCAUAUCCGAAUGUUGACCCUUUUAAUUACGAUAUAAUGAAAAAUAGCUUAUUAGAACGACUCGAUUCUUUUACCUCUGCACCAUUUACUGUACAAAGAAUUUGUGAACUUCUAACCUACCCACGUAAACAAUACAACCGCGUGGAUAAAUUUAUGAGGGCAAUAGAAAAGAAUAUAUUAGUUGUAAGUACCAGAGAACCUGGUCACCAGCGGCAUCAAGAACCAGAAAAUGGAGAGCCAAUUGUUAACGGAUCAGAUAAUAAUUCUGAGUACAAUGUAGAUGUCGAAAUGGAAGAUAUGUCUUGGAAAGAAAGUAGUGGAUCUCGACAAAGCUCUGAACCUCAACCAGGGUCCUCUGAUGCCCAUAUAACAGUUGACGACUUAGAAGCUCGAUUACAAGCCAAGCAAGAAAACUCUAUGGAAAUUCAAGAUAAACCAGUUACACAAUAUGAAUCAGUUACUCCUCCAGAGUUAAAUGUUACUGAAACUAAUGAUGAAUCUGAUCAAACUUCAAAGGAUGCUCCACCAGCUGUUGCAUCGACAAGUGAAGAUGCUAAAAACAACAACUCUGAAGAACAACCUCCGGAUUCAAAGACAGAUAUAGAAAUGAAAUCUGAUGAUUCAAAUGAAACAGUAGUCAUACCUGAAAUAAAAGUUGAUGAUGCUGAAAUGACUGAACAAAAACUUCUAGAACAAUCAAAGAAAUCCAAAGAUAAAGUAGAAAGUACAGGAACGAAAAUUUUAGAGACAAAAACCAUUGAUGAAAGCCGCUCUGAUUCAAAUAAUAAAGAAGAAAUUGAAAUGAAGCAUUCAGCAGAAAUGUCAUCUAGUGAAGAAAGCUCCUCAUCUAGCGAUAAUACGGAUGGAAACAGUAAUUCACCGAAAACUGAUCAUCAUAUUGAUAUUCAGGAUGAAACUCAAGUAGAGAAGAAAAACAAAGAUUCUGAUGAGUGUGUGUCUAAUCAAAAAAUCAUUGACAAUAUCUCUGAAACUGAAAUAAGACCAGAAACUAAGAUGCAAUCUGAUAAUUAUUCUAUAACAGAUUUAAAAUCUGAAUUACCACAAGGGGAUGAUAAUAAGCCCCAAGAUGUAGAACAGCCUGUUGCAAAAGAGGGUAAUAAUAAAAAAGAAGAAAAAGAGCCAGUUUUGGCUAGUGAUUCAUCAACAAAAAGUACAAAAAGU